UCACACACACACACACACGACGAAGGGCGAGCACGUAAACAUACAAACACAAUACACGCAUGAUAAGAGAUUACAAUUGACGAUAUCAUCAAUUUUUUAAUGAAACAAAAAAAAUGCUUCUUUUCUUUCUAAUUUCAUUCUGGCCUACUUAUGGCAUUUACCUAUCAACAAAUUAUACCUCAUUCUAAAUGUAUUUCCUUUCUUGUAUGUGCUACUCCCAUUAUAAUCAUCGAUAUGUAUCGCUCAAAUGUAUUACCGAUCAUCAUCAUCCUGAAAUGAUAUUUAAUAAUAAUUAGAAUAAUGGUUGGAUCCCUACCGGAUUUGAUGGAUCAUUUCAUCGAUAAUGAUAAUCUCAAUCCAUUCACAUCAAUGACGAAUGGUUAUAUUUCCAACAACAAUCAUCAUCAUCGAACAGUAUCCAAUCAUGUUGCACAAAAUUAUAAUAGUAAUGAUAAUAAUUUUAAAAAAACCAAUGGUUCCUUUAAUUUUAAUAUGGCCAAGUCAAAUGGCUAUAAUUCUUCGAUCAAAGAAUCAAUAUCAUCAUCAUCUAGUCCUGAAAGGAAUGACCAAGAAUGGCAAAAAGUUCUUUACAAACGUCAAGGUGUUCCAGAUAAUUAUGUUCCAACAACAUUUCUUAAAGAUCUACGAAAAAAUGUAAAUUUACGUCGUUUUCAUUUGAUGGAAAUAAUUGUUGCCGCAAGUAUUGUAACGCAACAAAUAGUAUUGAUUGUGAUUCUGAUCAUGAUGUUUAUCUAUUUUGAUUCAUAUGACAAUCAUUAUGAUCAUAUUCUCUUCACCAUUGUGGCUUUGGUCACCAUUUUCCUGUAUACAUUCAUAUUUAUUUCUUCCAAAUUUCAAGAAAUAAUACAGAUAAAAAGUUGUCUGAUAUUUUUGAUCGCAUGUUUUACAAUGAGUCCAGUAUUGAAAACAUUAACAGAAACAAUUAGUACGGAUACUAUUUAUGCUCAAUGUACAAUCAUGGCAUUUGUUCAUCUUGCCUUUCAUGAUUAUGGUUUAGAUGCAGCAAUGGUUAGUCAACCAAUAUCAUUGAAUGCAAUAUUUUUUGCAUCAGUUUGUCUGGCAUCACGUUUAUCCACUAAUUAUCAUGCAUUCGCCUUUCUCAUAUUCUCCACUGAUCUUUUCGUAUUGAUCAGUUCAAUGUAUCAAUCAUUCGAACGACAAACAAAACUAUUCACGACAAUAAUGUUUACCAUUAUCACAUUAAUUAUAAUUGAAUUGACAUUCGGUUUGGUCGGUUUUUUCGCCUCAAUUAUAUUCGUUCUAUUCAUCAAUCUCAUAUGUCCAUAUAUUUUUCUUCGUAUGCAAAUAUUGAAAGACAAUAUAUACGGUCCUUGGGACGAAGCAAUCAUCGAUGGAAAUGCAUUGAAAUUUUCUUCAAAAAAUUUUAAAAAGAAAUUCAUUAUUAAUGGCUUUCAUCAUCAUCAUAAUCAUGAACUUUCGUUAAAUUUUCAAUAUUCAAAUAAAUCAUCGGAAUCAUCAAAUCCAUCAUCACCGUUGAGCCCAAUGAAUGUUUCAAAUAUCUUUACAAAUUCAUAAUUGAUGCCAGUUUAUUUUUUGCUUUCGGAAUGCAA